AUGCGCACGGCGAGGAUGCCGACGCAUCGGGUCGGGCGGCCCCGGCUGACGUGCCGCCUGAAGGACUUGUAUGAGUGUGAGCCGGUAGCUGGGGGUCGUGAGACACGGCGACCCCUGGGAACAGGGUUGAGACGCGUUCAGGCAGCUCGGCGGAAGAUCAAGAAUAUGAUUGAGGGUGUCGUCGAGCAGAUAAAGCGCUGCCUCCAAGAUCGAGAUGAGAAGAAGGUCGUCGCCGCGGCGUGCCAGAAGGCGAUUGACCAAGCCAUCAGCAAAGGUGCAGCGGCUGAAGACGUCAGCGUCGUCGAGAUCAACACGAUUCCACUACAGAACGUAGAUGACGGUGCCAUGAGGAUACAGAUUCGAGCUGUCAGCAAGCUUGCCGUCCCGAAGGAUGGGACGCUAGCCAACAGCGUCGUAUACGCUGCGUCAGAUGAAGAGAAAGAGGAGCAGACGGCCAAGACGAACAUUUCCGAUGCCCUUGACUCAACUUUCAGGCCAUCUAUCAAGGUUGACCUGGAUGCCUACCGGCCUGAAGUCCGUAAUGGCGCUUGGUACGUCUCGGAAGUCGACUUCGAACUGAUUGCGACGGGCUGCGGCGUUCUUGGCACAGGUGGCGGUGGCCUUACUCGCCACGAGUUAUUGAAGAGUCUUGAUACAUUGCGCAAGAGCGAACUUGGAAGGCUCCGCAUCAUCUCGCCCAAAUCCGUAAAAGAUGGCAACCUCAUAUAUCUCGGCUCGUGGUAUAGAAUCUCAAGCGUCAUCAACGAGAAGAUUGCGUCAGGGGACGAAACUCCGGCUGGAAUUGAUGCCCUCAUGAAGAUCUUGAGCCAGGAUGAGCCCGACGGCAUCUUCACCGACGAGAUCGGCGGCGGCAACGGUAUGAGCACAUCUCCCACUACUGCUCACCUCACUAUGACAUUCCUACUAUUGGUGGGGAUGCCAUGGGCCGGGCCUAGCCUACUAUGUACCAAGAACACUGACACCCCUUUCCGCCUUAAGAAAUUCCUCCGCACCGCCGCCGUCAAAAAUGAGUACCUCUAUGCUGCCCUGACGGAUAGUACUGGCUCCGAAGAUGGACGCGAGGCCAUCUGCACAGUGCCGGACCUGAUCUCCAUUCUUGGUCGAGACGGUGGGCUAUCGGCUCUCAGGAUGGAGAAGGCCAUGCCCGUUGGUGGACCUUCUGCAUUCGGUCUCGACAUGCCGUUUGUUGGAUCAGGAGAUUACGCAGGUGCCAAGAUGAUAUAA